AUGCUUAGCCGAAUUGAUUGUAUCAUGUCUCUUCACUCAGUCAGUAUUGGCGGCGGAUUUUGUAGACCUGUGAUUCUGCAGUCUGAAAAGCCCGUACUGAAAGUCAUACAAAUGAAACAUCCAACAGUCAAAACGGCUGCUGAUACAGACUUUAUUCCCAAUGAUAUCAUUAUGGGAGGAGAUGAAGCUUGUUCCAUAGUUGUCACAGGUCCUAACAUGGGAGGAAAAUCAACGAUACUUCGAUCUGCAUGUGUUGCUGUGAUUAUGGCACAACUUGGAUGUUUUGUUCCUGCCGAGAGUUGUGAAUUUACUCUUGUUGAUCGAAUCUUUACAAGAAUUGGUGCCAACGAUAGAAUUAUGGCAGGAGAAUCGACUUUUAUGGUUGAGCUUAAUGAAACAUCCAACAUUAUUCGUCAUGCCACUCCGAGCUCAUUGGUGAUUUUGGACGAACUUGGACGAGGUACCUCUACACACGAUGGCUAUGCACUUGCUCGUUCCAUUCUUGAAUAUGUGGCUGACGUUGUUGGUUGUUUGUGUUUGUUUAGUACUCACUAUUUUGAGUUAACAGAGGAAAUGAGAUAUCACCCAAAUAUUGAUUUCUACAAAAUGACCUGUGAAGUCCAAAAAGAUGAAAAUGGUAAAAUUUUAGAUGUCAUUUUCACAUACCAAUUCAAAAAAGGAGUUUGUGAGAAGAGUUAUGGAAUUCAAGUGGCGAAAAAAGCUGGUGUUCCAAUGGAUAUUAUUGACAGAGCUUCCAUUGUUGCUGAAGAUUUCGAGCAGGGAAUGAGAGCCAACAAACCAAUGUCGUACGAUCAAAUCAAUGACGCACAACGAGAUGUUUAUGAGUCCUUGCGAGCCACAGCAGAAGAAUUGGCCUCUGGUGAAGUGGAUAGUCUUACACCUGAGCUAUUCCAACAAUUUGUUCAAAAUUUGAAAGAACAACAAUUGGCAGUGAGAAAGGCCUAUUCAAACUUUUCCACUUUCAUUUAG